AUGGCCCCCAACAAGUUCAAGAAGUUCACCCGUCGGACCGACCGGUUCGACGACGUAAUUCUGGACGAGGACGGGAACGAAAUCAGCAUGUGGAGCGAGGAGGCCCAGCGGCAGCUGGCCAACGGCCUCCAGUCUGGCGAGGACUCAGCGCCGUCGGGCUCGGAGGCCGACCCUCAGUCUCCCACCUCGCUCCCCCCCAGCGGCGGCGCGCUUCCGCCCCCAACGGAAGCCCAAGGGCCUCCGAUGGGCCGGAACGAGCGCAAGGCCUUGAAAAAGGCCCGCAAGGAGGCGGCCUUGCGCAAGGCCGCGGAGCGCAGCGUCCAGGUGGGCGAUCUGCCGCCCUCGGACUCCGAGUCCGAGGUGGAGGCCCCCCAGCCCGGGCCAGCCACUGGCAGCAGCCAGACUCGUGGGCAGGCUAGCCUGCUGUCCGCCGACGAGGAACUGGACCGCCAGUUCAGUCGGAUGGCGGUCGGCACCGGCAAGGCCAAGAAGGACCCCCGUGCCGAGAUCAAGUCGGAACAGAUGAAGGCCGACUUGGAACGCCUGCGCGUCAUCCGGGAGAGGCGCGAAGCCGAAGCCGCGCGCAAGCAGGCGGAGAAGGAGGCCAAGGCGGCGUCGAUCAAGGCAAAGAGCGCCGAGAUCGAAGCGAAGCUCGCCAAGGCGAAGUCAAAAAAGACUGGGAAGAAGAAAUAA